UGGUCCUCCCUAGGCUGCUACUCCGACAACGUCAACGGCCGCGCUCUCCCCAACGGGGAAACCGUCCCUGGCGGCUCCCAAUCCAUGACCGUCGAACUGUGUCAAACAGCCUGCAAAUCUGCCGGAUACACAAUUGCUGGACUGGAGUACAGCCAGGAGUGUUGGUGUGGGAAUAGUUUCGUGAAUGGGGGCGCGUAUGUGGGUGCGGAUGGGACGAGUGGGUGCGUUAUGGCGUGUAAGGGAAAUUCGAAGGAGGUUUGUGGGGGGAGUAAUCGGUUGGGUGCUUGGAAG